AUGCUAGGUCGUGGAAGCUUCAAGUCCUCAAAGUGCAAAACUGCAUUGAAGCUUGCGAUUUCACGGAUAAAGCUUUUGAAGAAUAAGAGAGAAGCCCAUGUGAAGCAGCUUCGGAAGGAAUUGGCCCAGUUGCUUCAGUCUCCCCAUAACUACGCCGCGGCUAGAGUCCAGGUUGAACAAGUUGUCACGGAAGAGAAGAAGAUGGUAGCAUAUGAUCUUAUUCAGAUAUACUGCGAGCUUAUUACUGCACGCUUGCCGGUGAUUGAAUCACAAAAAUACUGCCCCAUUGAUUUGAAGGAAGCAAUUUCAAGUGUAAUAUUUGCAUCUACAAGAUGCUUAGAUAUACCUGAGCUCAUGGAUGUGAGGAAGCAAAUUAAGGCUAAGUAUGGAAAAGAACUUGUCUCAGCCGCUCUUGAAUUACGCCCUGACUGUGGUGUAAAUCACUUGUUGGUGGAGAAAUUGUCUGCCAAAGCACCCGACGGUCCAACCAAGAUCAAAAUACUGAGUGCAAUUGCUGAAGAGCAUAAUGUCAAAUGGCAACCAUCAUUAGAAGAAAAUGAUGUGAAUUCGUCUCAUGAUUUGCUGGUUGGACCAAAUACUUUUGAGAAGGCUACUUAUGUUGAACCUCCUCAACUCCAUGUUCCACAUAUUCGUGAUGAAAAAGGACCUCCUGAUUUUCGUGCUUCUUAUCAACUUAAAGAAAUACAUGAUAUAUCUUCAAAUUCAUGUGAGCAGAAUGCAUUUUUUGCUGCUAGAAAAACUGGUGGCGAUCAAUCAACAAAAUCAGACAGGUCUAGUCCAGAAAUCAGACCUUCAGGAACUGGAAGUCAAGAAAUGGAUUUUAGAGAUUCAUAUCCUGAAAGCAUGAGUGCUUUUCCUAUGAAUAGACAGAAUUGGAAUAUGGAAUUCAAGGAUGCUGUCUCUGCUGCACAGGCAGCUGUAGAAUCUGCAGAACGUGCAAGCAUGGCUGCAAGAGCAGCUUUAGAACUUUCCAACCGUGAAAAGUUAACAAGGCAGUAUUCAAGUGGAUCGCAGAGUUCUUCUGGCAGCGGGUUUAGAGGUGAAAUACCUCAAGAAUAUACUUUUCAUGCUGACAAACAUCUUUCUACAGGUUCUGUUAAUAGCACCUUUAACCUCAGAGAGUAUUGCACCAAUAGUAAUGAAAAUGUGGUGAAACGAAACCAUCCAGCUUCAUUGACAUCUAACACUUCAUUUCGUGAUGAUAACCCAUUUCCCAAUGUUUCUGGAAUGGCUGAAAUAUAUACUCAUAAUAACUUACAAGAGGCAAAGACCAGUACCAAUAACCCUCACAUUAAGAAAGGGAAAAGUGAAGCAAACAAGAAACCAAGCUCAAGGGCCUCAAAUGCAUACCUUGAUUCUGAUACCAGUGAUUCUGAGGAUGGACUUCCUAAACAAAAUUUAGUCAGUCUUACCUGUCCCGUUGGUGGAUUUUCUGUAAGGACGUUUGUUCCUUCAAAAACUGGUACACGCAUAAGUUUGAAGGAUGAUGCUUUAUCCAAGGCUUCUAAAACGGUUGGUACAGGACUUGGAUGGAAGCCUUCAAGGGUUUCUUAUGAGAGUAAAAAUCAGAAGGCCUUCAAGGUUUCUUAUGAGAAUGGAUCAGCAGAAAAUGUAGCAUCUAAGCCAGGUUCAGAACCUAAAAAUAUGUCUUCAAGUGAGGAAAUUAUAAUAUCAUCUCCAAGGGUGCAACCUUCUAGUUCUCCACCUAAAUUAAUGAUACCAUAUAGUGAAGAGGCUUCAAAAUCUUUAAAUUCUCACGGGGAUAUUCCCUCUGUGGAGAAGUCGUGUCAUGUUCAUCCAAAGCUACCCGACUGUGAUUCCUUCCUUGCCUACUUCCUCUCUCUUAAGGGUCCUCAAUAA